AUGUGGAAAAGGCAGGCCGCAUUUUGCUGGCUACUUUGUGUCUGUGUCGUGUGUCAGUUGGUUGCAGCGAGCGAUAACCAAGUGCGAGAGGAAUACUUCAUUGCCGGUAGCAACGGAACGCUGUCCUGCGCCACCUCGGAUAAUCAGAACAUUGUGUGGCAAAAGAAUGGCAAAAACAUAACAAAUGCACGCGUAUCGUUUCUCAUCGUGGACAGCAGUGAGGCUGUCCGGAAAUGGUCGUUCCUUGUUCCUCCGGAUAGCGCCGACGACGGUGCAACUGACGAGGCGAACUCGCCGAAACUCUUUUACACGCUGACCAUACAUAAUUUUACCAAAUCGGACGAGGGCAACUACACCUGCUACAAUCUGGAGACCGGUCUCAAUGUGUCGUACGUGGUGCGCACCGUAAUGCUACCAAAGAUCACCAAAACAAGCAAUGAACGAAUUAGAACUAAGCCGACAAGUAUCCAGCAGCUGUACUGCGUCAUCGAAGCGUUUCCACUAUCGUUCUUCAAUAGCUCAAUCUACUGGUUCAAGGAGGAUGCCUCUGGCGAGACGAACCACCGCGCGCUAGCCAACAACACCGAACAGAGGGCCGUCGAUCGGACGCACCUGAACGCGACUCUUACGCUGCGUGAUCUCACCAAGGCACAGAAUGGUACAUACUCGUGUAUUGUCAUGCCAUCGGCGCAGCUACUCCAGGGCGAUCCCGGGCAGGCGGUUAAGAAGUCGAUGUCCCUCCUUGUGCUGGAUGCUCCACAGGUGACGAUCGACUACGCAAAAGCGGUCGGGGCUAAUAAGAUCUAUCUCAAUUGGACUGUGAACGAUGGUAACGAUCCGAUCAAGAACUACAUCGUGCGGUACCUGAAAACCGGCGAUCAAACGUUCACCUACUACCGCGAGCAGAUCGGUGGCAACAAUUCGUUCUACGUGCUCGAUGGUUUCGAUCCGGGCACGGACUACAAGAUCAGUCUCGGAGCUCUUAACAGCCAGGGUCACAGCAAGCAGCACGAGUACAGCGAAACAAUUCGGACGCUCGACACCGAUCCUAGUUUUACACCUGUGAUCGAGGUCAAGGGAAGCACUCACUCGACGAUCACAAUCGGAUGGGCACCGCCACCGGCGAACCUCACCGAUUACAUACAGUACUACGAGCUAGUCGUAUCCCUGGCCGGUGUAAACGCGUCGAUCAUGAAGAAAGAAGCAUUUCAUCCCCAAAAUAGCCGUAACCUGCCGUACAUGUUCGACAAUCUGGCAACGGCCACCGAGUACACGUUCCGUGUGCGUGCCUGUAGCGAGCUGACGAAAAUAUGUGGAAACUGGUCCGAAGCAGUCAACGGCACAACGAGCGAUGGGCAAGCGUCACAACCGCGCAAUCUGGCCAUCUCCUGCUCGCACUACAACAUCUCGCGCCGUAACAUCGUGCGAAUCCGCUGGGAACCCCCCGAGUUUCCUAAUGGCAAAAUCGUUUCCUACCAAGCGAUCAUGAGCGGUGUGUCCCAUUACCGUUCUGAGUACGGUGCCAUGAAGAGCGAAAUCUGGGGCCCGAAAAUCAAAAGUAUCGUCCCGAACGCGGUGGCCGUCGAAUACGAUAAUGUACCACCGAACACGAACUAUACGGUAAAUGUUACGGCACACACGCGCACAAAACGACCCGGCGUGGUGGCCACCGCAAGCUGCACAAUGCCGGCAACGACUCCGGACAAUAUUGGGCGCAUGAUUUGGGGCAAACUGCGCGACGAAACGGAUAAUUGGAUUUUUAAACUUUUCCUGCCGCGUUUGUCGGAGCGUAAUGGACCGAUCUGUUGCUACAAGGUGUAUCUGACACGCAUCAAUGGGCAACACAAUGGGUCCCUGUCGUCACCGGAGAAUGCGCUCAUCACAAGCUACGCUGAAGUGCACGCACAGAACAAUACCCGGGGAGGAACGUACCUGGCCGAAGUGUUCCCUAGUACGAUCAACCACACGGAAGUGUUUCUUGGCGAUGGAAAGAACAAUCCAGCCGUUGACUUGUGUCCGCAAUGUCUGCAGAUGCGUGCCCCGAUGCGUUUCGCUGCUCCUGCUGGCGAAAUGGAACGAUCUACAGGAACUACGACCCCUUCCUCAGAGGAGCAGCAGCAGGAUGGCGAUAUUACGGCUGGCAGUGGUAGUCGAACCGGCAACGAAGCAGUGCCACUGGAGGACGAGCGCAAGGCUUCCAACCACGAGAAGCGGGACACGACAAGUUCUUUUCAGCCCGUUCCCCGGCUUGAAACCGUCCACGAUGGUUAUCUCGAUGUGUUCAGUAACUACACGGGCUUCGUCGAAGUCGUCGUGAAAAUUGAUGGUGGAGACGACGGCCGAGACUAUGAGUCGACAUACAGCGAAUAUUUUCAAGAGAUGACGGCCGGUGCGCCACCCGAAAGUGAAGCGGAUCAGAACGAUCUUUCCUUCAUUCUGCACAUCGUAAUUCAGGUCCUGUGCGCGCUGAUCGCCGUCGUGCUGCUUGUGCUGCUCGUGCUGUGCUUUUUGCACAAACAUUUCACCAACAACAUCGCCCAAGAAGGGGAAGCGAUCAGUCUGGGAGAUUCGUUGAGACGCGCGCUGUGCAAUGGUGGCCGCGGUGCUAAUGCUCAUCAUCGUCAUUUGCUCGGUUCCAGCAGCGCUAAACCGCCGGUCAUGCCGCCGAUCGCGAAAGAUGACUUACCGAAGGCUUACAACGAGCGACACAAGGACUCAGACUACGGGUUCCAGCACGAGUUCGAGCUGCUUCCGGACAAGUUUGCCGACCGCACGACGAAGAACUCCGACAUGAAGGAGAACAUGCCGAAGAACCGGUACCCAGACAUAAAAGCGUACGAUCAGACGCGCGUUAAGCUGGCACCCUUGAAUGGGCUUUCCGGGUCGGACUACAUUAAUGCAAACUUUGUGAUCGGCUACAAGGAACGCAAGAAGUUCAUCUGCGCCCAGGGUCCGAUGGACGCGACGAUCAAUGACUUUUGGCGUAUGAUCUGGGAGCAGCAUCUCGAGAUUAUCGUCAUGCUGACGAACCUGGAGGAAUACAACAAAACCAAGUGCGCCAAGUAUUGGCCGGAAAGCACGAACGAUUCGAUCCAGUACGGCGAGCUGCUCAUCACGUUCCAAUCGAUUACAUAUUACGCCGACUACACCAUGCGAACUCUCAAGGUUACGAAACGUUCAGCCAGCUCGGGAGAGGAGACUUCGCGGGAGAUCAGCCAGUAUCACUAUCUGGCGUGGAAGGACUUUAUGGCCCCCGAGCAUCCGCAAGGCAUCACGAAGUUCAUCAAUCGCAUCAACUCGGAGUACUCGCUGCAACGUGGACCCAUCUUGGUUCACUGCAGUGCGGGAGUAGGCCGGACGGGCACCUUCGUCGCUCUCGAUACGCUCAUGCAGCAGCUGCACGACGAGGGCCAAGUGUUCAUCUUCAACACCAUUUGUGAUAUGCGUUAUCAAAGAAAUUUCCUCGUCCAGUCACUGAAACAAUACAUCUUUUUGUAUCGAGCCCUGGCGGAACUGGCGUACUUUGGUGACACCGAGAUCGAUCAGAAGUCACUCACUAGCACGAUCGAAACCCUGAAGCAGCCAUCGUCGGAGAAUGUGGAAAUCUCGCGCCUGGAGUUACAGUUCCAGCGCUUAAAAGCGUUCCAGGAAGACACGCGGAAAACGACCACAAUCGGUUCGUGCGAAGAAAAUAAGUCCAAGAAUCGAUCCGAGUCUUGCAUUCCGUACGACAAGAAUCGUGUGAUCCUCGCACCGAUCCCGGGACGGGACAAUUGCACCUACAUUAAUGCCUCCUUCAUCGAUGGGUACGACGAUGAGAACAACUUCAUCGUAACCCAAGAUCCGAUGGAGGAAACGAUCUUCGACUUUUGGCGUAUGAUCUUCGAGCAGCGCAUCAAAACGAUCGUUAUGUUUUCCGAGAUUGGCGAUGGUCCUAGCAAGUGUCCUCGCUACUGGGCGGACGAGGAGAUGAAGUAUGAAAAUCUACUCGUUUCUUACAUCCAGAGUGAAAGCGGGCCUUACUACACGAAGCGUGAGUUCACUGUCACUAACUGCAAGACGAACGAUACGAUCCACGUCACGCAGUUCCAAUACAACGGCUGGCCGACGGUGGAGGGUGAGGUGCCAGAGGUGACGCGCGGUAUGAUCGAGAUCGUGAACCAGGCGCAAAAGCAUAGCUCGCAGCAGCAGGACAUGUUCACGAUUGCGGUGCACUGCAGUCUCGGCACCGACAAGAGUUCUCUCUUCGUGGCCAUGUGUAUAUUAGUGAUGCAGUUGAAGACGGAAAAGCGUGUUGACAUCUGCACCGUCGUGCGGAAGCUUCGAGCUCAACGUAGUCUAAUGAUACAGACAUAUGCACAAUAUGAGUUCCUGCAUAGGGCUAUUGUAAAUUUUGCGGAUCUGUAUAAAAUAUCGCUCGGCAUCGCGAACGAUUGUUGAUAAGAGCAAAAACGGUUAGAACGGUAGAGAAAGUAGACACUAUUGGCAACAACAUGAAACAAUAUAAACCCAGAACAAAGCACGAAAACAAGAUAAUAUACGUAUUGUAAGUCAACAGUUUAGGAAGUAAAGCCAAGCGAAACUGUUACUGGUGGAGAAUAUGGAGUCGGUAAAGACGGCGCUUUUCUCGCCGGGAAUGGAAGAGACGUUGCACGAGCAGAAAGAGCAAACAGUCGGGCUAGUUACAUGUCAGAAAGCGUUUGACAAACGAAACGAAGUUCCAGUAAGUUAAGCGAAUAGUACGAGUGACCCAUAUGGACGACGUAAUACAGAGAAGAUACACGGAACGGAUAGAUACACCGAACAAAUAUGUAACAGAACCGCGCAAGAUAGCAGCGAACCAUGAAACGGAACCUACAUAACAACAACACAAAUCCUUACACGAUGCAGUUUACUGGCUGCACCCCUUUUUGGAACAUUUUAUGUGGAAGUAUGACAACCUAGGAUUAACACUUUUUUAUAUACACGACUACCACGUAUAGUAGAGUACAUGUGCAGAACAAACCGAUCCGAUUUUCUCGAAGGUAGAAGAAAGUAUGACGUGGACGAAGGACGGUACAGCUUCAGGUAGGAUGCGUUCGCUGGCACCGCAGACGACGGAACUCAACUGAACUCAGGACAGCCCGCGCAAGAAGCAAUCAGCGUAGUAGUGAUGACUGUAGAUUGUGACGAUUUUGUCAGCAAAAAGAUGGCAAGGACAGAGGGCAGCCAGUAAGGAAGCAACAGGAAUAUGAUUUAUUUUUUGUGCCAUGUUUUUUCUGUUGCUGCCGAGAGUAGCAAUUCUGUUGUCUCAAAACAAGGAAGAUUAGAAUAAUGUCUCAUACUCAAUCAGA